AUGGAUUUCAAUUACUCGGAUUUCAAUUUCCCGGAUAUGGAUCUGGAGAAUUUUGCGGACUUCGAGAGUUCUGCUGGCAUCGACACCCUCAUCGCCUGGCUAGAAGAGCUUCUGGAGGGAUUACACCAACAACUCCGGCUACGAAUACAGCAGUUGAGCUACUACGACUUCCCAGACAGCGACGACUACUUUGACUUUGACGACUUUGGCAACUACGAUGGCUACAGCAAUUCCUAUCCCCACUAG